AUGGCAGCUGUCGCUACCCCUCGCGCUCCGACGCCGCGACCGAAAGCCCCCGCGACCGUCAGCUUCUUGAACGAUCCAGCCGCGGCCGUUCCUACACCUUUGGCCACCCCCGGCGCCGAACGGACUCGCCCUCCGCUACAGGCCAAUCCUUCCGCUCGCCGAUCUGCUCGACCUACUCCUACAGACUACCUCUCCGACAAAGCAACCGCCGCCUUCAUCCGCCGUGUCCUGUGCUCCAAGCACCUCGCCGAAAGAGGGAGGGCAACCCCGUCCCCGAUCGAAGAACUACUGCCACCCCUGACCAGCCGAAACGAUGUCGAUCUUCAGCUAUACGCACUCAUAUCUGUGAUUCUGAGGGAAUACGUGCAAGUUUGGUACAGCAAAAUCACACCCGAUGACACUUUUGUAGACGAAAUCGUCCAGAUAAUCGCCCAUUGUACAAGGGCCCUGGAGCAGAGAUUGCGAAAGGUCGACCUCGAAAGCCUUUUGUUUGACGAGCUUCCCGAUUUACUGGAUAGACAUAUCCUCGCCUACCGCGCGGCGCAUGAUCCAAUAUCUCGACCGCCAACUGAGAUAGACCCACGAGAAGUCUAUCACUCACUAUGCCCUUUGGCGCCUUUGACGCCCAUACCUCGUCCCGAAGACCCCUCGUCUGUUGCGAGACAGCAAGAGAACGAGACGCUUUAUCGUCAGCUGUUGGUGCAGGGCGUCCUAGCUGUUCUCCUACCGACUGAAGACCUCGAAAACAGUUGCUUGACCUCUCUGGUUGGCCAAAUCUUCUCCGAGCUCAUCAUUGGCAACGUCCUCGCCAAUCGCCUUUCGCAACCAUGGCUCGUUUACGAAAUUUUUAUCAUCCUCACCAGAGUUCUCGACAGGAGAGCAUCAGAGCCUAUCGAAGAGGGAGUGGCGGAGGCGUUGCAGGCCGGGUCAACAUCCGCCCUCCCCAGGCCUGUCCGUCGCAGUUGGUCUAUCCAGGGCGCGUUCUGGUCGCUCGUACAAUGGUCAUUUCUCGCUUUCUCGACUGUGCGCUUCCUCGUCAUGACUCUCGCAAUGUCUUCAUCCCUGCCACCGAGGUCAGACGGCGAGCUGAAUGAAAAGGACCAAGUGACUGGUCAAAUAUCGCAUUCGAAGACGUUGAAUCCUCCAGGUAGCUCGAACGAAGCCCAGCCUGUCAAAACACCCAUUGCUGCCUUCAAGCUGUGGAGUUGCGUAGCAGAUUUGAUCGAAAUGGACUCUCGCAUGCCUUGGUUGAGUGGAAUCAUGUCACUUCUCCAGCUCGGGGCAAUGGCCGGCCCAGGACGUAUUGCUGGUCUCAAUGGAGCCAUGGACAGCAAGCCUCAUUUACGCGCCCAAGUCCAACAGCGAGCAUCAUUUUGCAGGGGUUCAUUUCCAUCACCGUCAUCUCCUUUGCCCAGUACACGCCUACGGAAAUACGACGACGCUUGGUCACCUACGGAAAGCUAUCAGUCCUGCUCGCUUCUUGACGCCCCGCUGCGAAGUCGGUGGCUCAUUUCGCACACCAUUCACCAACGUCUUCUCGACGCCGCAUUGCUGCCAACCAUUCUCCGCUCCAUCCGCGCCGCUCUCUUCCCCAACAACGCCCCCGGCGUCUCGACCUUGGUGGCCCCCUCAUCCGAGGAGGAGCUGCGUGCCUUACGCCGCAGGUGCGCUAGCGCCAUGCUAGCCAGCAUCCCGCCCUGGUUGGCUGGUCUGUAUCUAGGCGGGCGAGGCCUUGGCUUCCGGUGGCGGUCCGGACCGGAGUCGAGACCUGGUGCUGAUGAUGCUGCCGCUCCUUUGGCCAUGAGCGAGAGCGAGGCCGAUGUUCCUGGCAGGGGUGAUGCCACUAACGGUAACAGAACUGAUGAUUUAGGUAAUAAAAGUAAAGAGAAUGAGGACGAGGAGCAGCAGCGAAUGCUGGCCGAGAUCGAAGAGGGCAUACUCGAUAUCUUCUCUGACGAAUACUGCAACAAGCACUUGGUGUACAGCAUCCUGGAGCUGAUUCUGGUGAGACUGAUGCCGGAGCUAGCGGAGAAGGGCGUCGUUGAGCUCUGGGAGGAGCGUCUGAGCCUGUGA